UGUCCUGGCCAUGGCCGGCCUGUCGGACCUGGAGCUGCGGCGGGAGCUGCAGGCCCUGGGCUUCCAGCCAGGACCCAUCACCGACACCACCCGGGACGUCUACCGCAACAAGCUGCGCCGCCUGCGGGGCGAGGCCCGGCUGCGCGGCGAGGAGCGGCUGCGGGAGGAGGCCCGGCUGCGGGGCGAGGAGCGGCUGCGGGAGGAGGCCCGGCUGCGCGAGGAGGCGUCGCUGCGAGCCCGGCCCGCCGCGGCCUCCCUGCGAGCGGAGCCCUGGCUCUCCCCGUCGGGCUCGGGCUCGGGCUCGGCCUACGCGACCUCUGGGGCCUACGGCGAUGUGGGGGCCUCCGCGGCUUCCUGGUCCGGGAGCCGCGGCCUCGCCUACCCCGCCCGCCCUGCGCCGCUCAGGCGCCGCGCCUCGGUCCGGGGCAGCUCCGAGGAGGACGAGGACGCCCGGCCUCUCGACAGGGCCGCGCCGGGCCACGGAGUCCGUCGCUGGUGGGCCUCGACCCCGGCCCCGGCCCGGCCGCCCUCCGCCCUCCUCGGCGCCGACCCGCGCCCGGGCCUGCGGGCGACGCGAACUGGCCCGGCCGGCGCGGCGCGGGCCCGGCCCGAGGCGGGGCGGCGGCUGGAGCGCUACCUGUCCCGGCUCCUGUUCUGGGCCAGCCUGGGGCUGCUGCUCGUCUUCCUGGGCAUCCUCUGGGUGAAGAUGGGCAAGCCCUCGGCGCCGCAGGAGGCGGAGGACAACAUGAAGUUAUUGCCAGUGGACUGUGCGAGCAAAACAGAUAAGUUCUGUCAGGCCAGGCAGAAGGCGGCCUUGCUGGAGCUGCUACACGAGUUGUACAACUUCCUGGCCAUCCAAGCCGGUAAUUUUGAAUGUGGAAAUCCAGAGAAGCUAAAAAGCAAAUGCAUUCCUGUAAUGGAAGCCCAGGAAUACCUAGCAAAUGUGACCGGCAACUCCUCCGCCAAGUUUGAAGCUGCACUGACCUGGAUACUGAGCAGUAACAAGGACGUGGGCAUCUGGUUGAAGGGGGAAGACCCAUCGGAAUUGGUGACGACUGUGGACAAAGUGGUCUGCCUGGAAUCCGCCCGCCCCCGCAUGGAUGUGGGCUGCCGCCUGAGCCGUGCCCUGUUCACCGCAGUCACCAACGUGCUCAUCUUCUUCUGGUGUUUGGCCUUUCUGUGGGGGCUCCUGAUCCUCCUGAAAUAUCGGUGGCGGAAGCUGGAAGAAGAAGAACAAGCCAUGUACGAGAUGGUGAAGAAGAUUAUAGAUGUGGUCCAGGACCAUUACGUGGACUGGGAGCAGGACAUGGAGCGCUACCCAUACGUGGGCAUUCUGCACGUGCGCGACACCCUGAUCCCUCCGCAGAGCCGGAGGCGCAUGAAGCGGGUCUGGGACCGGGCUGUGGAGUUCCUGGCAUCCAACGAAUCCCGGAUCCAGACAGAGUCCCAUCGUGUGGCUGGAGAAGAUAUGCUGGUGUGGAGAUGGACUAAGCCCUCUUCCUUCUCCGACUCAGAGCGAUAAAUCCUGGGCGGGGGGGGGGGGGGGCCUGUUCCCAGUCGGCCUGUCCCAGGCCAGUCCCCUCCAGGGGCGCGAGAAGGCCACCAGACCUGCCAGUGCUGAAUUCACACUUGCCUUGACUUUCACCUUCCUCCCGACUCUGGUUCCAAAGGUCUCUCUGUAAGACUCUUCAGAGAUUAGCUUGUAGGAAAGCAUGGGCUUCCUUGAAGGGCAUAGAGGGGGAGAGCCAG